CGACAGAGAACAACGUUUCUUCUUUGUCUGGGCAUUUCUUGUUGAACCUUUGGAAAGCUUUAGCACAGUAUAAAGAAGCAAACUAAAAUAAACCAAACUAAAGUGGACAUUGUUUGAAUCGUGUUUUUUAGUGUCGAUUAAGAGGUUCAGUUAAAAAUUAAGUUCAAUAUGGGUUUAUGCAAAUUGGUUGUUGGCCUAAUUUUCGCUGUGAACGCAGCCUGCGCCCUAACAUGCUACAAAUGCGACUCAUCAGAAAGCAUUGGGUGCAACUACGGCCUCAUUUCCUUUACAUACAGCACCAUGGACUGUAACGAAGGCGGAUCACUUCUGGCAGGGUUCGUACCAAAAAGCUGCGUCAAAGUUGUCGCUAAAAACGAAAAAGGCGAAGAAUACGUAGCCAGAGGCUGCAUGCCCAGCAUCGGCGAAGGCGUGUGCAACGCCAUCGUGAAGAGCGCCGGCUUCUUCAGCAGCCUGCAGAACAACGAGAACCUGCAAACCACCUGCAGCACCUGCAACGAAGACAAGUGCAACUCGGCGCCCAAAUUCGCAGCCACCUCUUUCGUCGCCUUGGCGGUCGCCAUCGUGGCAUUCCUCUUCUAAGAUAACCGAAACUCAACUAAAAGAAAUACAUCGUGUCAACGAAAGCG